AUGGAAGAGCCAAAAGACUUACCUGAAGAAUACAUUGGUCCAAUUGUAGCUUGUAUAAAUAUAUUGGCUAACAGCAAUCUCAUGAUUUACAAGAAGCCAAGAGGGUUCUUCAAGAAAUAUUGUUUUCCUGUGUUAGUGUUGUGUUGCAUAAUAGGGUUUCACACAUCCCUUACUAUGUAUAUGGUUAAAGUAUUUAAAGGAGAGCUCCAGUUGGACGAAUUGGCUUAUGUUGUUAGUGUUUACGUUAUUUGUACUCAAGGCAUACUCAAGGCAUUGAUAGUGGGUCUUAACGCCGAGAAAGUAAGGUCGGUAAUCGCGCAACUUGGGAGUACAUGGACGAUGGAGGGUUUCACUGAACUACAGAUUAACAAGAAGAAUGCGCUACUAAAGAGACUAAAGUUUUGUUAUGCAGUUUUCUACUGGAUGAAUAUAAUUGGAUCGUGGCAAUACAUACUGGCCCCAUUAUUGGAAACAGUUUUCCGCAGAUAUAUUUUACAGCAGGAAUGUGGGCUGUUACUCCCGUUUUCUUGUAGUUUUCCUUUCGAUCCAACUGGGAACUGGCUAAAAUAUAUCUGUGUAUAUAUUUUUGAGACUUACAGCAUUUUCCGCAUAAUUUACUGCUAUCUUGGCACGGAGAUUCUUAUGAUAACAUUGUGCUCUCACUUGGCGACGGAAUUUACUUUGCUUCGAGAAGACUUAUUGAAUAUCAAACCUGUGAUUAAAAACGACAGAGAAUCUUGGGAAAAUCUCCAAACGUUCAAAAAUGUUAUCGCAAAGCAUCAGAAAUUGAUCAGUCUGGCUGAGCAAUUAGACGACAUCUUUAACAAGGUCAUAUUAGUCAAUUUAACGUCUGCGAGCAUUUCUAUCUGCUUCUUUGGAUUUGGAGCUAAGGUUGCUCGCGGAGCUCUCGAUAUGGCCAACAAUUUCGUCGCAGUUGUUAGUUUGAUUUAUCCCCUAUUCAAUUUGUGUUACUACUGUGAACUGCUAAGGGAAUCUAGUGCGGGUAUGGCUGACUCAGCUUACAACAACCACUGGUAUCAAGGAAACCUUAGCUAUCAGAAGCUGAUGUGGUUUAUAAUGCGAAGAUCCCAGAAACCUUGCUGUUUGACGUCAAUGAAAUACAACCCAAUUGACUUGAAAACAUUUACGACUGUACUGAGCACAACUUGGUCCUACUUUUCUCUCGCUUCGACUAUCUACGAAGGUGAAAGUUGA